AUGGACGGAAAACAGUUUUUGAUCGAGAUGGAAGCAAGCGAGGUCGAGAGCCAGCUUGAAUCGGCCCUGCCUCGGGAGCUGGUGCUUGGAGAACCCUUUCUACUUCUUCACAUCCUUUCCUUCCUGCCCGCUGCUGACUUGGGCCGAGCUACUCUGGUCUGCCGCCACUUCUACGCAGUCGGCGCACAAGAUGGCGAUUACUUGUGGCGCAAUCUGCUUGCCCAAGACCGCAAGCUUGAGGAUUGGCGCGAUGUGCGGCGCAAGGAGACUGCCCGAGCAUACGUCACCAACGAUCGGCUAUUUGCCAGGGCCUGGCAGAGUGGAGAUCUGCAAGUGGUGACGCUGUCUGGCCACAAGAUUUGCAAGCUUGAGAGUUGCGGGCCGUUCCUUAUUGGGUUCAAGAUGGUGGAGCGCACUUCACCCGAGAUCAUGGUAUGGGACUUCUUUCGCGAGCGCCAAGGUCCAGUGGCGCCUUUGGGCCUGCCUGGCGGCAGCCGCUUGCAGUUCGUCGGCUCCCCGGUGCCGCUGCACAUCAUCCCUUCGCUCAACCCUCCCGUCCACCUCCGAGUUGAAAGGAGAAGGGACGACAUGGAAGCCGAUGACGUCGAAUCGGAGGUGCAGCACUUGGUAGUGGGCACUUUCCACACCAACCUCUAUCACUCGCUCCGAAACGACUGGCCCACCACGCCCAUCGCUCUUACCCGCAGCAAUACGUCGUACCAGCCGUAUGAAGGAGAGGAAGACAAGCACAUCGUGGAGCCGUAUCCGCUAGAGACCAACAAGGUUGUGCUCAACAGCUGUCAGUUCACCGAGUUCCCCUCGGGUAAUGCUGCCCCGAGCCGAACGGCCAAGCUUGUGGCAACACUUCCUCGCCACAGCAGAUGGACUUCAAAGCCCGUCUUGCACCACCUCGACCUCAGGUUCAACAAAAUCACUGCGAUCCCGGACUCAGUGUUUCAACGGCUGUCGAACAUCCGCGUUUUGAUCUUGUCGAACAACCGCUUCGCGUCCUAUCCUACUGCAAUCACUCACCUCAAGGAUACGCUCGAGUUCUUGGAUAUUGGCGACAACAACAUCCCGAUUAUUCCUCCGGUCAUCGCCGCGCUUACAAACCUGACCUUCUUGCGGCUCUCCAAGAACCCCAUCAAUGAGUCCCCUUUGCCCGAUCAACUUGGUUUGCUGACAAAGCUCCAGAACCUGCGGUUGUACAAAACGGGCAUCAGCGAAGUGCCGCGAUGUGUGACUCGCUUGGUCAACCUGAUGGAACUCGACUUUGGCGAAUGCAAUCUGCGGGAGCUGCCCGAAGGUAUCACCGCGCUGACGAAGCUGAGGAUCCUGCGACUCGACAAUAACAAGCUCAAUCACCUGCCGGAGCACCUGUUCGACGCGUUGGACCUUACCGAGCUCACAAGCGCCGACAACCUCGGUAUCAGCACCGCUGGCGUCGAAGAGAGAAUGCGCGACGCUGUGAAGCGGCACUCCGAGGAGCGGGUUGAUAGAGAAAUCAAAGGCGAGUUUGACUAUAGCGACGAGAGCAACUACUACCAAGGCAUCCGCGUGUACGACCUCGCUACCGGAGCCGCCUUGCGCACGUUUGGACGACGCGGAGACUAUUUGUACCAUGUCACGCGACAGCUCCCCUGCUACGUCACACCCACACCCGCCAAUGCAGGACCGCCGCCCCUUCCUGCGGCACAACUGGUCUUCAAUCGGAGCUCAUCCUCUACGUCCCUGUCGUCAAGCGGUGACGGAGGCCAGCGCCCUUCGGCCCUCCUAGCAACAACGGGCUCGAUCGAAGGCGGCGCCACGUUCUGGGACGCGCUGCAGGGCCGGGCUUUGCACAUGUUCACCCCGCACACUCCACCAGAGUCGGAUACAGACGAGGAGCCACAGCUGCAGAGCCACUCGCCCAAGAUUCCUCCGCUCAUUCUCACCUUCAACAUCGACGAGCUGCUCAUCCUCUACGACCAAACCACCUUUUCUGUGUACGACCUGGCGACAAGCACCAUGCUGCACGAAAGAGUCUGUGUUGUCGAGACCCCUGCGGAUACCGAACAGACGAGCACUACCGCCAGGCAGCUCAUCAAGACCAUGCGAGCCCUGGACGGCGUCAUCUUUGUUCAUCUCAAAAACCCCAAUCGGUUCAGCCUCCUCUUCUUACCGCCGUGA